AUGGCCGCCAACACUUUGAGAAAGAGAAAAAUCGCAGUUCUAGGUUCCCGUUCAGUUGGCAAAUCUUCUCUUGUCAUACAGUUCAUUGAGAACCAUUUUGUCGAUGCAUACUAUCCAACCAUCGAAAACACCUUUUCGAAAGGCGUAGCUUAUAAAGGCGUAGAAUAUGACUGUGACAUCAUUGACACCGCUGGCCAGGACGAGUACUCGAUUCUUAGUUCUAAACAUGCAAUUGGUAUUCACGGCUACGUCCUCGUAUACUCAGUCGCCUCAAGACGAUCUUUUGACAUGAUCAAAAUCGUAUAUGACAAAAUCGUUGAUUUUUGUGGCAAAAACGAUAUCCCAUGUGUAAUCGUUGGCGCCAAAACCGAUCUACAGUCGAGUCCAAAUAGUAGACAGGUGGCUCCAAAUGAAGGGGAAGAGUUAGCAAAACUCAACAACGCUGCUUGGGUCGAGACUAGCGCAAAGAACAAUGUCAACGUUGGCAAAGUCUUCGAGCUAUGUCUUGCGGAGAUUGAGAAGCGAUCACCGUCCAGCAAAACGGAUCAACCAGAGGCAAGCAGGUGUCUCAUUAUGUGA